AACACUAUCUUGUCGUUUUGGUGAUUGAAAGUUAAACGAUCUCGCUUAGCUUCGAUCUCAUUGAACCCUAUUCUUGUUUAUCUCCUUCCCCUAAAUACCAAAAACCAGAGAAGAGAAUUUCAAUCCCUAAUAAAGUUUCGUCUCGAAACGAGACUCCAUGCGACUCUGGUUCUCCCCCUUCGCCCUCUCCACAGAGGACUUGUUUGAUUUCGCUUCUAAACUCGUAGUUUCUUUUCAGCAUACGGAUACUCUUGCACAAUUCACCGAUCAUGUCCUUCGAUUCACAUGCCCCUAAUCCCUACCCCAAGGGUCUCCUCUGCAAUGCCGGCGCUGGUGCUGCCGCUGGAGUUAUUGCUGCUACGUUUGUGUGUCCUUUAGAUGUUAUCAAAACUCGGUUUCAGGUUCAUGGAACGCCUCAGCUCGCUAAUGGAAGUGUUAAAGGCAGUGUUAUAGUUGGUAGUUUGGAACAAAUAUUUCACAAGGAGGGAUUGCGUGGCAUGUACCGUGGGCUAGCCCCAACUGUGCUGGCCUUACUUCCAAACUGGGCGGUCUAUUUUACAAUGUAUGAGCAGCUCAAGAGCCUACUUUGUUCUGAUGAUGAAAGCCAUCAUCUCUCAUUUGGAGCUAACAUGUUAGCUGCUUCAGGUGCUGGAGCUGCCACUACCAUUGCUACAAAUCCACUCUGGGUUGUCAAGACUAGACUCCAAACCCAGGGAAUGAGACCUGGUAUUGUGCCAUAUAGGAGCACACUAUCUGCUUUGAAGAGAAUUGCUCAUGAGGAGGGCAUCCGAGGGCUAUACAGUGGCCUUGUACCUGCUCUGGCUGGUAUCAGUCAUGUUGCCAUACAGUUUCCAACAUAUGAGAAAAUUAAAUUUUAUUUGGCGAAACAAGAUAACACAGCAAUUGAUAAGCUCGGUGUUCGUGAUGUUGCAAUUGCCUCAUCAGUCUCCAAAGUUUUCGCAUCCACACUAACAUAUCCUCAUGAGGUUGUUCGUUCUAGAUUGCAAGAACAAGGGCACCACUCAGAGAAGCGGUACUCUGGUAUGACUGACUGCAUUAGAAAGGUAUUUCAACAAGAGGGGCUUCCUGGUUUUUACCGCGGGUGUGCCACCAAUCUCCUGAGGACAACCCCAGCUGCUGUAAUCACAUUCACCAGCUUUGAAAUGAUGCACCGUUUUCUUGUUUCAUUUUUUCCUUCUGACCCACAGCCACACAUUUUGUGAUGAUGGAGCAUGGUGGUUGUCUAUAAUCUGCAGCAGUAGAAUGGUUCCAAAACGUAAGCUAGUCCAGCCAACUAAUCUUUUUUUUGGUGAUUAAGAUCCUAUUCUUUGCGAUUCUUAAUUGUUAUGUAUGGUAGAUUUCCACAUCAUUUGAACCAAAAUUUAGUCGUUUUCCCCCGUCAAACCCUGCAAAUUAAUUGAUUUUGGUGGUGGUGGACGGAGGUCUUAAUGUAUAUUGGAAAGUGAUAAUGACGAUAAAGAUGUUAGUGUUACAACGUGGCGUUGUUUAUUUUAUUUUGAA